CUGACCAGUAAACUGAACACUUUCUUACCAAGGGGCACAGGAAGCAGAGGAAAUCGUGCAGAAAUGAAACUAAACCACCUUCCAUGGCAGAUCUAUCCCCUGCCUAAAGGGACUCCUACACCACGCAUAGGUACAGCCCACAACACUUCCACAGAGGCACAUCCUGUCUCUGAGCAUCCAACAAGCCUUGUUCCUCUUCUCUCAACCAGUGCUGCUGCUUCUUCUGUUUCAUUGUAUUGUCUUAAUUUAAACCUUCACCUUUCUUCUUCAUCUUCCUUUUCUCCAGUGUUGAACCUGGCAUGCCCAGUUCCUUCCUUCCUUUAAGUCUACUUGAGAUGCUAGUCUUGACCUGGAUCUCUGAUGAGUAUACGUGCAUUUCUCUUCCAACCUUUAUUCUCACCACUGGUUAAGGCAACCUAUGUGCUGAUGAAGCAAGAAGCAAAAGCAGGAGCUGAAAGUUCAUUUGAACAGGCUGAUGUGACUUAAUUUCCUUUUGUAGUCAAAAGAGAAACUAAUCUAAAACUUAAGACCUAGAUUACAGAGUUGAGGUGAGUGAGAUAUAUAGAUUUAGCAGAAGAGUGUGAAGAUGAAGGAUUAACACGCUGAACAGCUUCCACAUCCAACCUUCAAGGAACAUUUUGAGGACGAAGCAACCCAAAGGUAUGAAAUAUCAAUAGAGAAGAGCAGCUUCUGACCCCCAGCAGUUUUUGUGUCAGCCGGCGGUGACAAGAGAAUUAUCUGUGCAGCAGCCUUGCAGGGUUUUUGGCAUCACUUCACAUCCAAAGUGCUCCGGCUGGACUCAGCAAGCAAAUGGAGUACACAGAGCUCUUUAUCUCGAAGCCUGUGUCAGCUCCGCAGUGAUGGCUGUCACACAGCAGCCAUUUUAGGAAUGCAAUUUCUUCGUGUCUCUUCUGCAUUAUUACUUGGUGGGUCACUUCAGGUCCUGUGGACAGAGCACAAGGCUGCAAGGCAUCUCUCUGUUCUACCCAGAGGCUGUGAGUGUUGUUUCAUGAUCAUUAUAACCCAUCGAAACCAGCAGUGUCUGUCACUUGCUUUGCCUUCCUGUGUGUUUCUGCACAGCCAGCUGAUCAUUCUGCCAUCCAAGCACCAUGUCAGGCAGCAGCCUGUCCUUACGUGAGAUGAAGUGAUGCUGGAACCGCAUCUGUAACCUUUGAAGGGGGAUCUUAGGAGGAUGCUGAACUGCAGUGCAACCCAGCAGAACCAUUCCUCCAACGAGACACUGCCACACACCUCAGAGAGGCUCCACACCAUUCUCAUGGCCCUGUACAUCAUCGACCUGGCUGGUGGCACCCUCGGGGUCAUCAUGAUGUCCCGUAAGUUAUUCCAGCGGCGAUCGCAGUCUGUGACAACCGUUUUCAUCGUCAGCCUCCUGGUGCUGCACACCUUCAUGCUGCUCAGCAUCCCCUUCCGCCUCAGCUAUUACGUUUCGAGGGAGUGGAAAUUCGGGAGGCUCGCCUGCAAGCUCACAAGCGUCAUCCUCUACAUCCACAUGUAUGCCACCUUUGUGUUUUAUGUGGGCAUCAUCAUAAUACGCCUCUUCCAACUCGAGUUUAGGAGGUGCUAUGCUACAGCCUGGGUGGGUGCUGUCUGGCUGGUGGGAGCCCUGGUGAUCACCCCUCUUCUUCUGUCAUACUACGGCACCUCUAAGACAUACCAGUCCUCUGAAUGCUUCCAGUUCCACAGGGAGAUACAAGAGGCACACAUGGUGAUCAUCAGCUACUGCUUGGUUGGGGUUUUGGUGGCAGUUUGUGCUGUGCUCACCGUAAUGCAGUUGUUCGUGAUCUAUAGACUGGCUGUGAAACACUGGCCUGACAUCAACUCCCAUGUGGAAUUCAGGGCUCAGGCAAAGAGUUUCUUCUUCAUCUUGGUAACAUUAGUGUGCUUUAUGCCUCAUCAUGCGUUCAGAGUGUAUUACAUCCAAAACUACCACCUGGAUAAAGACUAUAAACUACUCUUAUACAACGAAAUUUUUCUAGCUUUAACAGCAAUGUGCUGCUUGGAUAUGUUGUGCUUCCUCACAGGAAUAGCCCACUGACCUGGGAACUGCCAGGGAACCCAGCUGCAGUGUGUCAACACUGGCUUUUGGCAGAAAUAAAGCUGUGUCAGGACUUUGCUAGGGAAACUGCUGAGUUUUCAGCAGGGCUGCACAGGCCUGUAGAGCUGCUUGCCUCUUGCAGACCAGUAAGAUCCAUCUUUCAGAAGCCACUGGGUUUCAUCUUCUCUCUGGAAGGCAGACACACGAGUCUUGCUCUAGACUUUGACCUAAGAAUUACACCCUGAAGCUGCAUUAAGAUUUUCUUCAGCCGUCCCUCUCUAACAAUUACAGCAUCCAUUCCUUCCUAAUUGUAACUCAAAGUGUCCCACUAACAACAACCCACUGUGGUCAGCAAAUUGUCACCUAACAGCUUAUGGCAAUUGUACUGCUGAAGGGAAGAGAGGAAAGAAAGCAGCUCCUUGACAGGAUUUUUGUGCGAGUGAUUUUAUAUCACAAGGACGUAAAGUCUACUCAAACAAAAAGUAAUCAGGGCACGAAUCAGGGAAUGAAUGAAACACUGUAGUAGCAGAUUUCAGCAGGCUCCUUCUUUCUUCGCUUACACAAAGUGUAUAAUUAAAUGUAAUGGUAUGAAAACACUUGUUCUCACAACUUAACCUUUACUUGCUUCAUUCCAAACCCACAAGCAGCUCACUGCACUGUAGUAAUUACACAUUCAGAGCGAGUGAGAGCAGAGCAAGUCAAAGGUUUCAAACUUCUACCUUAUGUUACUAUCCCAUCAGGACUCCAUCUGUGGCUGUUAUCCCUAAGACCCAUUGCAGGCAAAGAAACGCAAGUUACUAUGGUCUCAGAACUUGAUCUAGAAUCCAAACUGAGAAGUCUGAUCCUUCACUGAGCAGUCAGCCUUUAAGCUAGGCAACUAUUUUAUCAGCCUUCAAAACCCCUUUGAUGUUUGGUCACUUUUAGUUUCCUGUUGGUUCGCUGUCAGAUAGAUACCAUGUUUUUUCCAUUUGCACAUGUAACAAAGCAGUAGAAUAAACUAACUGAACUGUGUUUAAUCAGUUCAGCAUAUGCUCGUUGUAUACAGACUUGUGCUGGAGUACAUGUUUUACCCAUUAGACAGAUUAUAUUCUUUGGGAACCACAUCUGCUCUG